GCCGAUUGAGCGUAUAAGAAUCCCCAGAAACCACACGGUCCCUCUUCUUUCAGUCCCGUCCCCAAUUCAACAUAUUCAACACUAAACAAGCGUCUCAUAAUGUCCAAGCCAGACUAUCUUUUUGUUUACGGUGACUCUUACUCUGAUCUUAGCGAAAGAACCCGCAAAUCAAACGGCCCUCUUUGGAGUGAACAACUAUCAGAUGCUUGGGGGACAAAGCUCAGAAGUUAUGCUGAAUCUGCAGCCCUGACCUGUCCUACUCCUGGUUCUUCGUCAGAUCUAUCCAAGCAAUUUAAAGCAGCCAAGGCUCUCGCAACUGCCAAUAAAAACAGCUUACACGCAAUAUUCUUCGGAAUCACAGAUGUCGCAGGUGCCCAAGAUAAGACAGUGAAGUCACUAUUGAACUGUGUAAAAGACCAGGUGGCUGAACUGGAAGCAUUAGAUCCUACCAGUCGAAUUCUAUUGUUCGGUCUUCCUCCUUUAGAAUACUCCCCUUAUUAUUCAAACAGUACACACAAGAGCAAGGUUAAACAAAGAGUCUCGGAGUUCAAUGUCGGGCUGGAGGAUGCUGUGAAUGACUGGACAAGUGAGACACAGUUGAAUAUCGCAUUCGUAGACAAUUCUGGAUUAUUCAGUUAUGUUCUGGGAGAUCCUGAAGGAUACAAUGUGGAAAAUGUAGAAGAAGCAUAUUGGGAGACCUGCCAAGGCAGAUGUUCCGACCCAAUUGACAGUUAUUUAUGGUGGGAUCAAUUACAUAUGACAGGAGCUGGACAUCGAGCUAUGGCAGAAAAUAUCAUUAGUAGUAACCCUUUUUCAUUGCCCACAACUCCAAAAUCCACACCACCGGCUGCACCUAUUGCACCCCCUCCAAUCACACCGUCACCUCCUAAGUCUGCACCCAAGGAUUCGACGUCAAAUAACAUUCCUUCAACACACAACUCAAAUCUUGAUGAUUAUGUAUCUUCACCCCACUCAUAUCCAGACACCACAAACGACUCGGCGGAUUUCAACGUGGAUGGCAGCGUUGACCAUUCUGCUUACUAUCCAUGGCUAUUCAUUGUGCUAUUUAUCUUGAUGCUGGUAUUAGUAUUCCGCAGAAACAGAAUCAUCAAUACCUUCUCUUCUUACUGGAAGGCUAGACGAUCUAACGCUCCUGCUACAAAGACCACCGAAUACUCUCCUGUUUAAAUCCAGCCGUACAUCAAUUAGCAUAAACUCAAACAACCACAGUCUACAUAUAUAUAUUGAUAUUUUAUCAGAGCCAGUAAAUAAAUAAAUUAACAAAAACAAUACCAGCACAAAAUGCAGAAUAUAAUAAAAAUCAUAUUUUGCUUUCUGGAUCCUUUUUUGUAUGAAUCAUUUUU